CUAAAUGUAAAUAAAUACGGAUUCUAAUUCGUUGCCUGCUAGGAAGAUAAAUACUAAACUGUCAUCUGAUACUUCUGUUAUCUGUCACCGGGUUCUGUAAUGUUGGUUUGUUCGUAGUUUAUAAACAAACCCUAUUUUUUAAUCGAAUUUCCAUGACAUUAUCAAUCGAAUAAAGUUCUAUAAAAUCAGUUUAACGUAAUUUAUAAUCGCAAUAGAAAACUUUCAUUGCAUUCACAAAAACACGAUACGCGUGUUUUUGUUAAAAGUGUGCCCGUCCUUCCAUCAGAUUGAGCAGUGCAUCUUAUUUUUUAGUGCUUUACAUUUAAAAUCUAAAGAAGAUGGGAAAUGUACACACCGUGGGGCCUAAUGAAGCGCUAAUAGUAUCAGGUGGCUGCUUCGGUUCCAUGCAGAAGAGGACCAUCGUUGGAGGAUGGGCUUGGGCGUGGUGGCUCGUCACGGAUGUCCAGCGUAUCUCUUUGGAGGUGAUGACGCUGAACCCCAUGUGCGAGUACGUGGAGACAGCCCAGGGCGUGCCGCUGACGGUGACGGGGGUGGCGCAGUGUAAGAUCAUGAACGAGGACGAGCUGCUGACGACAGCCUGCGAGCAGUUCCUGGGGAAGACGGUCAAGGAGAUCAAGAUGACCGUCCUCCAGACCCUGGAGGGCCAUCUGCGUGCGAUCUUAGGAACUCUUACAGUCGAAGAGGUGUACAAAGACCGCGACCAGUUCGCGGGUCUUGUGCGCGAGGUCGCCGCGCCGGACGUGGGCCGCAUGGGCAUCGAGAUCCUGUCCUUCACGAUCAAGGACGUCUACGAUGACGUGCAGUACCUCGCCAGCCUGGGCAAGGCGCAGACGGCGGUGGUGAAGCGCGACGCGGACAUCGGCGUGGCGCAGGCCAACCGGGACGCCGGGAUACGGGAGGCGGAGUGCGAGAAGACCUCUAUGGAUGUCAAGUACAGCAUGGACACGAGGAUCGAGGACAACGCGCGCAUGUUCAAGCUGCAGAAGGCGCAGUUUGACCAGGAAGUCAAUACCGCGAAAGCCGAAGCGGCCCUAGCUUACGAGCUGCAGGCCGCUAAGAUCAAACAGAAAAUACGAAACGAGGAGAUACAGAUUGAGGUCGUGGAGCGUCGCAAACAGAUUGAGGUGGAACAGCAGGAGAUAAUGCGUCGCGAGGAGGAGCUGACGGCCACCAUCCGGCUGCCGGCCGAGGCGGAGGCCUACAGGGUGCAGGCCAUCGCCGAGGGUCUGCGCACACAGAAGGUGGAGGCGGCGAAGGCGGACGCGGAGCGCAUCAAGGUGCUGGGCGUGGCGGAGGCGAUGGACAUCGGCGACGUGGGCAAAGCGGACGCCGAGCGCAUGCUCGCCAAGGCCAAGGUGUACAAGCAGUACGGCGACGCCGCCAUCAUGGCGCUCGUGCUGGAGGCGCUGCCCAGGAUCGCGGCGGAGGUUGCGGCACCGCUGGCGAAGACGGACGAGAUAGUACUCGUGGGUGACAGCGGCGCGACGGGCGAGAUCGCGCGGCUGGCGGGGGGCCUGCCGCCCGCGCUGCGCUCCCUCACCGGCCUCGACCUCACGCAGGUGCUGAAGCGCCUGCACCCAACCGGCACAGAUGACAAUGCAUCGCCAUUGGGCAAGAAGAAGGAAACAACAGUCUCCUAAACAUCGCUACAGACAUACUACGAUGCGCCUCACAUUGUACGCAUUCCAUACAUUUCUAAUAUCAGAUUACUGCCAAUAUUUAGCAGCCAUUGCAAAGUUUGGUCCAAAAUAUUCUUUAAUAAAAUUAAUCCCACCGUAAUAUUGUGACGAAGAAAUACUAAGGUAUUUUUCAAAGGAAGGACAAUGUAGCCUCUACUUUUGAUUCUUACCGUAAAGGCCUCUAUUCACGUUUCGCUAUGAUG